CCUACAUAAAUAGAUUGUAUUUAAUCUCAAUCUUAUUGUAAAAAACGAUUAUUUUCUGAAAUUCUCAACUAUCAGAUUUAAUGCUCCUAACCCAGGCUUUGGUAAUCCGAUGACAAACAUUUGGAACAGGAUAUAAAGAAAAUCUUAAGAUUUAACAAUCCUUUAAGAAAUAAAAUUAUUUUUCCCUAGAAUAAAUAUGUUCUUUAGUACUUAAACAUUUUUAAUAAUAAAAAUUCAAUUUUGCUCUUGAUUGAUUGUAUUUUAAAUUGGAUCUCUUUUAUUUUUACAGAAAUGAAGGCUUCUAAAAUAUGAUGAUUCGAGAAGGAAUGCUUUUCGUGUUCUGGUUUGUCUUUCUCGCCAUUACAAGAAUUUCCGGCGAGGAAGAUACUCUCCAGUCCACUAACCGUCCCAUAAUGGAAGUCGAAAAACAAGAUUUUCCGUCUGAAAUGCCAAUAUUUUAUUCUCAGCACGUAAAUGUUAGUCAACUUGUAACACUUCCAAUAUCCACUAUUAUCCAUCCAGUAACAAUUGAUGAAAAUGAUUCAUCUGAUAAUCCGCCAAAUGUCAGCACGAAAGUAACUACAGUUCCAAACCAAGUAAUUCCGCGAUAUAUUACCGAUGUAGAAAACAUAGGAACAGAAAUGGUAACUCAUAAUAUCAAAUUGCUAGGAAACAUCACAGAAACAAACGCGACAAGUUCCGAAGAUAGGAGGAUACCAGUUAAUAUGAUCAGUGCAGUUGCCAAAUCCAAACAUUUAGCACAACAAAACAUUUCUCAGAUAUCUGAAGAAAUUUCUACUUUUCCUUCAGUCAAUGUUUCUGUGACAAAACAUCAAGAAGUUAGAUGCCCGUCGGAAAAAGACAAUGACAUUUGGUGGAAUGAUAGGAAAGUUGGAACAUUGGCCGUCCAACCAUGUACCACUGGGUAUCAUGGCAACAUUUAUAGACGUUGUUACGUUGGUGGAAUUUGGGGAACAGCUGACUAUACAGACUGCAAGCUGGAAAGAUUGCAGAGAUUAGGCCAUCUGGUAAGGGAUCUCGUUAUUUUUAUUUUAUUUUUUUCAAUAAUGUUACAUGAAGUAAGUACUUGGAGUUGUAUUAUUCCAAGAUAA